AUGCGGCCUCCUACAUAUUUCGGCCUUCCUCUGACAUUCCUUUCCUGGGCCUCGAUCGCAUUUUCACAAUGUACGCUCAUGAUACCUCAGAAUCCCCUUACUGCCCAGGGUCUCGCCACUCCAUAUGAAUUGACCGGAUGCAACCAACUUGAUUUCGCCAAUGAGGGGGUGUUCGUUGAAGCCGCGAUCAUCGAUCCUGCGACUGGUGAAAUUCAGAUAUACAAUCCCCUGGUUAUCAAUGCUGGGAUGGUGGCUGUCGGGACCACCAGCACCAGCACCAGCACCAGCAGGGCUGGCUUUUUCAUUCCCCCGAUCGUUCCAACCCUCCCAGCCAACGCAGUCGUUGGUUUGUGGUUUGGAUCUAACGCGCAAACUGUUACGCUCACGGGUGACACUGCAACCUGUGUCAAUGGCUUGGGCACUUCAGUGUUUGGGCAGUUUGCGUACUGCAAUGCGCCAGCAUGGUUUAGUGCUGCCAAUACAGCGGUUCAGAAAGGUAUGACGAAGGUUAGCGCCCCAGGCACAGGAGAUGGUCAAGCCUGUCCUACCAUUCGUGACUUCCGCAUUGUCGAUCAGGAUCAAUCAGACAAUGUCGUCACCACGUACCUCCUGGUCGGUGGCACCACUCUUGCUCAAAACACCCCAGCCAACUCUCAGGCGAACCCCAAUGCGGAGGUGUUGUCGAACGCAUCUGAUAAUGCCCUCAUCAAUGAUUUCAUACAGCCCACUCUUGGGUGUACUGCUUAUACAAAUCCUUGUACAACUUGCGCGAAAGGAUCGGGGUCUGCCCUCGCCACUAACGAACUUCAGGCUUCAUUUUUCCCCCCUGCUGGUGGUCCCGCAAUGGUGCCUCUGAAUGAUCCUAUGGUCCUUGUUAAUGGGCAGCAGUCUCUCCAGAAAGUCAAUCUAUACCGAGCAGGUGUUAAUCAAGCCCAAGCCGAUAACGCUAAUGCGUCGGGCACGACGUAUUGCCAACAAUUUGCACAGUCAGGUCUUUUCAUCUCCUUGAACCAACAACUGUUCUCUGGCACGGGGUCGCCCGCCGCUGACCAGGCAACGAAUCUCUUCACUUUCCUAGCCAUGAGGUUCUCUAUGUCCUUUGGUCCAGUACCUGGUCUUGCAUGCACGCAGCUACUGAACGCCAACAACCCGGUGACCCUCACGACUGAUGGAAACGGUGUUGUGACGGCUGCAACAAUCAAUACGCAGCAGUUACAGCAGAUUUUGGGAGGGGUAAGUAGAUCCUCUGGAAUUACACUGGUGGGUGAUUAA